CUUUUAAUCUUCACGACACCAUCAUCACCUUCUUUCCUAUUGCCCACGUUUCGCCUUUUCGCGCAUCUAACCUCCAGCAGCGCGGCCGGUAUCAUCCGCCAAUCCGUCGCAUCGUCUUUUCCUUGACUCCGCCCGUGUUUGUUUACUUUGUGUUUUGUCGCAUUUGCUCCGGACGCAACUAGCUGCACCGCAAUCAAAGCAGCUAAUUAAACUGCCACGCCAAUACCCCACGCGACAACGACGCGAACUCCAUCAACUGAUAGCAUCGGCAUCUUCAGCCUCUUGAGCUGCAGUUGUUUAAAGCGUUUCCUGAACCAAGCUAGCGCCAGAACCACGCCAUAGAGCUGCGAUAUGCCACAGACUAUGUGCUACUGAAUGUAAUCGACUUUCGCCUCUAUUGAUACGUAUCCAAUAUGGAGCCCCUCCGGCUCAAGCAGCAGAAGCCUGCAGAAGACAUUAUCGAAUGCUGGGAUGACGACGAUGAUUUCGUUGUUGAAGGGGACGACCUCAGCUUUCGAACCUCGACAACAGCGACUGGUGCUGCUCCACGCCGACGCGAUUCCACCUCCUCGCACCUCUCUUUCCGCUCUGACCUCGAUUCGUUGCUCGGAGAAGAACGUCAUGUUAACAUUGCUGACGACGACGAACGAUCAACGCUAGAUGCCAUUGCAGCAGCUCAACACGCUGGCAUCCCACUCCCACAAAAUGUCCCCUCCUCAGCCCUCACAGGCGGUACAAUCAAGCGGCUCGGCGGCCGCCGCAUCCAAAAGAUUAUCCAGGAUGACUGGGAAAACGACCUAGAAAUCCCCGAGGCCUCCAGCAGCCUAGAAAUUAAACCAGCAGACGACACCAAUUUCCCUGAAACCUUACGCCAAGUGAGCAUCGGCUCGGUACAAGGCAGCCCUACCCGGGUUUUACAGGCUGAUGUCGGCCACCUCGCUCUUUCACGUCCGUCUUCGUCGAAAACCAACGUGCCCAGCGCUUUGACACAGGCUAUCAAUCUGGACAAGUUCAAAGAUAGCAACGAUGAUGAUGACUUCUUUGGCGAUGGUUCUGCAACAAUCAAGGUCUCCAAGACUCGCCAGCCUCCCAAACCAGUCUCGUUUAUCACUCCCCCCACGCCCCAGAAGACUAAAGAUCUUGUGGAAGAUAACUUUGAACAAGACCUUGAACUACCUUCCGAUGGCAAACUCCAACUCUCUGCUCAUCGAGACAUUCCUAAGACACCUUCCACUCAAUCAGAAGACCUGGACUGGGGCGAGGGCAGCCUGGGAACACGAUAUGGAGGCACACAUCGCGAUGGACGAUUCACUCGCAGCUCCUCUGCAGCCCUUAGUCCAAGCCUUUCUAGUUCAAUGACAGCAGAGAGUGAAGAUGAGACCUUUGACGGCCUACUCCUCCCUGUUGGACCACUUGACUUCAAGGAGCGGCUGCAACGCCGAAAACAAAGCCCAUCGCCUUCGCGAUUAUCAAUCGAUACUCGGAUGGCUACUUCUGGAUCGCAAGACUCAGCCCCUCACCUUGCUCAGCCCGAACAAGAAAAGAAUGACAUGCUUGAUGGCCUCGACAUUGGAGACGGUGAUGUGUUUGAUGCUGGCAAACUAACCCUCCACCGCAACAUUCAAAUUAAGGAAACGCGUGUCGCCAGUCCUCAUCGCCCCAAAGCAGCAAUUUCUUUAACGUUUACAAACAAAGGCCCCCAAACCCGCCUUCCUCGACUUAGCCAUGACCGCAGCCACUCUACCUCGCUUGAGCCUGUCUCUGAAAGCGGCGGGCCAAUUCAACAGCGUGCGCGUCGCUCUCAUUCGAGACUUAGCCACUCUGCCCAAUCCUCUGUCUCCAGUGUACCAACGCCUAUCACUGCUACUGCCCCUGCUGUUCCGCCUGCGACACCUCGCCGACGAGAGCUUGGAACUCGCUCAUCGUUCUCAUCAUUACGAACUGAUGCACAGAGCACGAACACCCAGCUCUUGAGACAAAAGCGAUCCCUACCCGCUGUCAGAUCUAAUGCAUCACCAGCAAAGGUACCUGUAAACCGCUCUGAGCGCCCUCCCUCACGGUCCGAGGCAUCCCGACCACAGCCAGGAAUGCGCCCAAAGACGCCAGUUGAGCGCUUGCGGGCUGUUGAGAGCCCUGUCGCUCAAUAUCGACGGGGUCUGUUACCAUUUGGACCAUCUGGCGCGACGCAAACCAAAUCUCAGAAUAUGCCGGCCAAAACAAUCCGACAGUUUAGGCGAUAUGAUUCGGAAAACGCAAUCGAGACUCGACCCGGUUCUCGCUCUUUAUCGCGGGCAGGCCUGCGCUCCCCAAGCCCUCAGCGCUACAGAGUUGCUGCGGACACAUGGGAAAGAUUAAGCAGACCUAAGAACAAGAAAAAGUUUGGUGACGGACACGAGUUGGAUGGAUUUGAUGAUUUGCCUACGUCAAAGGAGUCUGAAACUAAGUUUUUGAAGCAGCCGACCACGAAUGGAAUUAAGGUUGGCUUGCGCAAUAAGCUUCAUCAGAGCGCAUUCCCCGAAAGAACUUUUACGCCAUCGCCGACUACUGGCCCCCAAUCUCCUGCAAAGCUCACAGCAACACCUCGCUUUGCCCGUGAUACAGCAGCCAGUCGAAUCGCACGCGAGACUUCACUUGCAAACCGAGUUCCCAUGAACGGACCGCUCUCGAACAUUGCCUCUCAACGUGGCACACAGCUUGCUAACCGUGUCAACUUCAACUCGCAAGUUCCACAAGUUCCCGCUUACCAAGACUCCGUUCGAUCCAAUAAAUCCAAACGAUCUAAACAGCAGAAGCCUCACCUCAUUUCCAACCUCAACGCCGGCAAAGAAUCAAAGGUUGUCAACGGCAUGUUCUACAAUGCCGACACGUUCCGUUGGGAAGGCAACGAAAAUGCUCUCAAUGCUUUCGACUCGCCGACUUCGAUCAAGACACGACGCCUUUCGUCCUCUCAAGUGUCGCGCGAGAAGGAGCUUGCAACGCCGCGCCCCGCUCUCAUUACCAAUAUUAGCGCUACGCAGGGCGUUCAAGUAGUUGGCGGUAUGGUCUUUGAUCCGCAGAAUAUGUGCUGGUUGAAGAUUGGACAGCUCAACAACGCUCAGUCGGAGGCUGGUGACACUCUGAACGACUCCAACAUGAUGGAGGACGAGGACGACGUCUUUAAGGACAUCCCUGAUCUCGAAGAGGCGACUGGCGAUGACAAGCGUGAUGGUCGUGUCAGCGAUGUCAAGGAUGACUGGAUGGUUGGAGAAGAAUUCGAUGUCGGACCCGAAUUUGUUCGCAGACAGCGAGAAGAAGAGGACCGCUGGCGAAAGAAGUGCGAGAAGUGGAUUGGCCGAGGUGCUCGUGACCGAGAUACCUGGCGGUGGACGAUCCGUGAACUGGUUUCCCAGUUUGAUGAACUUCCGGUUUAAUCGUCUUGGGAAUGCGUAAGGCGAUAUGGCCCCGUUAUGAAUUUACGAAAAGGCAACAACAGUUGAGUUGCUUGUGCCCAGGGGAGCACUAUUUUACGAGUUUAUGUCUUUUUCUGUUUUGUUUCGUUUUCCUGUUUCUUUGAGGGGAGGCAAUGGCCCCGAAUCAUGCUGUAUACACACACACUCCCUGUUUGUACAAAGUUGGGUUUCCUUUUUUGUUGCUGGAAGGAUGGAUGGAUGGGCCAUGGCUCUCGCUAUCUUGACCUGUAUUGGAGACGACCAUUUUUCAUUUUCAUUUUGUUUUCUUUUGCAUGGAGCUGGAUGGAUAUUAGACACAUGGUUGGGAGACUAGGCACGCUGGUAUGCUGGCGUUUGCCUCUAGCUUCAGAGCUGCUACUUUUACUUUUGACGAUUGCUAUGAUGUUAACGUUUUAUGACCAAAGAAACUGCAUUUUUAUUUUUCUUAUCU